GAAAGACCUCUUUUAACUGGAGUCUAAAGCGAAAUUUUGAGCUUUUCUUGAGCAACUUUCCUAAGGUUUUGGACGAUUCUGUGCUUAUGUUGCCAACUUGCUUGACUACCACAAGUGUUUGCCGGUCUACGAAAGCGAAAUUUAAAACCGCAAGAGCUUGCGCAAUACAGAAGUUUGAUGAGUGAGCUCGUGAAUUAGCUCGAGGUGCUAGCCCUGUGAGUUUAAGGAGUCAGCCAGUCAUUUGUCUCGACAUGUUGCGGGGGUGACUAGUUAGCAGAGACAGAGCACUUGUCGUGUGUAGUCGACAUGUUUUUUGCGAGAAGGCGACGAGUGCAAGGCAGCAAGCUGUUGGAUCUUAAAGGAACCCAGACUUACCCCACUAUGGCUGAGCAACAAGCCACAGCUGCCCUGUUGAUGUGAGAAAAAGGUCAGGAGGACAUCAUCUGCGACUAUGAGCAAGGCAGAACAGAAGGACAGGAUCUUGUCCACAAGUGAGGACCCUCUCCCGAUCCUCCAAAACGCUAAAGCUGACCCGCUGAUCCGAAGCCGACCCCUCAGUGAUAUAUACCCAUUCCACACUCAAGCUGAUAGAAGUGAGGUGCCAUAUCUGCUGUCUGGGUGUGGCGCCCAAGUUCAGCCAGUGACUGCAGGUCCUGAUGAAAACAAAUUAAACCAAAUAAACUCCUCUGCCUGGUCCAACCCUGUUAUAGGUCAGCCUGAGGGAAAGCCUUACUCCGCAAGAAUUAUGAGGCUUUUUUCUAACUCCAGGAAAGGUCCCAUCAAUGCUCAUAGUACAUCCACUGACAGUCCCACCUCUUCUAACAGCAGUGGCAGCGACUCUGCCCCCCAAUCCUGGUCAGGUCUUUCAGGACUCGGUGUUGUGGACUCCUUUAAAAAGCUCCGGUCCUCUGUGCUACAGGGUAUACAGAGUAGAGGGACAAUCGGCCAAGAGGGAGAUCAAAUCCCAUAUUCAAAUCAGGAAAUGACUAAUGGUAUGGUUGUAGCCAAUGUUGGCCCUGGUCCAGACGAUGCAACAAAUCAUUUAAAGUUUUCAGGAGGAAACAGUGUGUCUAACGGAGGUCAUUCUGGCCAAAAGUUGUCAGUGAUGUGCCAGUGUGGAUCAGAUAUUGAGGACUAUGACGAUGAGGAAACUGAUGAAGGAGAUGGUCUCUCACGCAAUGCACGAUUUUCAAGGAGUAUCAGGAGAGCGUAUGGAGCAGGACGCAUCUCUUUAUUUGACACGGGGAAUGAGAGACUUCCAGGAAGAAGCACAAAUGAAGUCACAGACAGCCAGAAACCAGAUCAGACAUCAAAGACCAAUUCUCAAACAAGGAUCAUGAAUCCUAACACAAAUGUAAGGGUGCUGAGCAGACUGAGCAAAAGCGCUGAAAAUCUUCACAUAUUUAAGGCACCUUUCAGGCGCAAGGCAGCAGCCCCAGGACCUCAAUCUUCUCAGGAAGAACCCCAGAGAACUUGCCCAUCAAAUGAGGCACCAAGCAUCCAGAGGACAGCCAGUGCAUCCUCAGUGGACCUCCGUGGCCACGCUGGGAGAAAGAUCCCUGUAAAGACCAAGGGGCCGAUGCUAAAGCCAGUAGGAAGCCUGACUGAUAUGACUGUCAGACAGAGGCGAAGUCCGUCCCCAAGCUCCACCUCUCCUUCGCCCAUGUCCCCCCUGAGCCGUCUCCAUGACGACUACUCCCGCCGCGUGCCUUGCCUAACAACCAGUGAGCGACAGCGGCGGCCCUCGCCCAUCAGAGCCAGGGUCCUGUCUGCCGAACACAACCCUAUAGUUUAUUCACAGCCUGAUGUCGGCCUACAGCAGCACCAGGUCCUCAUCAGCCCGAUUCCUGUGGAGACAGAGCAGACCUCACCUGGUUUCUCUGCUCAUUACGAAACUCUGAGUGAAGCCACAACAAGUGAUUUUAAAAAGACUGCAGAAUAUGAUUCAUCUCCACUGAACCAAGAAGAGCCAUCACAAAGUCAAGAAGAGACUGAGGUAGAAGAGAUACCGAACGAGAUGUCAACAGAAACACAACAGUCAGAAUCAUUUCUCCAAACAGAGGAUACCUCACCAGCAACCAGCAGCACUCCUCCUCCUAUCUCUCCAGCAUGCCUCUCAGAGUCUCCAACAUCAUCAACAGACGCUUCACCAGAUUCGACAGAAACAUCCUCCAUCAAGCCCAGGAGAAGGAAUGGACGCCCUAGACCUCGGCCCAUCUCUGAUUACGCACAGCUCGUUUCCAGGAAGCAUUCCAUUCCUGAGGAAGUGGCCGAGUUGUGUUGUGAGGAUAGGACAGCAAAAGCAUCUUUGCAUAAAGACUGCAGUGGUGAUAACAUCUACGGGAAUGGAGAAAGCCUCGAGAGCUGCAGCAUGUCAAACGGAGACAUACAAGGGAGUAAGCAGCGGCCAAUCUCUGUGAUAGGAGUUGUGGAUGUGUUUUGUCCUGAUGCUGAGGAGAAGGAUGGCCGCCGUCCUUCUCCCCGGUCACGGCCACCCAUCCCCUCCCACCAGGUGCCCCCCUACAGAGCAGUAUCAGCCAGGUUCCGCCCCUCCACCCUCUCCCAGAGCACCCCCAUCGGGCUGGACCGCGUCGGACGGCGUAAGCUCCACAGAGUGCUCAGCGAUGGCAUGUCGGGGUGCUCAGCAACUCUUGAUGACAGCGUGAGUGAGGAGGAGGGCAGCUUUGAUGAGCUCACUGAUGGCACGCCCUACCUCCAGCUGGGGGUGGAGCUCUCGGUGCUCAAUGAGUGGAUAAGCUCUGGACACACAGUGUACGCUGAGGCUCUCUGGGACCAUGUGACCAUGGAGGAGCAGGAGCUGGCCUUCAAAGCUGGAGACGUUAUCCGUGUCCUGGAUGCCUCGCACAAGGACUGGUGGUGGGGCAGGGGGGCUGACAGGGAGGCCUGGUUCCCCUCCAGCUUUGUGAGGGUGCGAGUGAACCAAGAGGACUCGAGUGCGGAGAGUGUGGAGAGUGUAGCAGACCCAGAAGACCCAGCUCCCAGAGACACGCACAGCACGCAGCACAAGGAGCAGAUGAGAACCAAUGUGGUUCAAGAAAUCAUGAAUACUGAACGCAUCUACAUCAAGCACCUGAAGGACAUCUGUGAGGGUUACAUCCGUCAGUGCCGCAAACACCCAGACAUGUUCACUGAGCUGCAGCUGAAGACCAUCUUCAGUAACAUAGAGGACAUCUACAGGUUUCAGAGGCAGUUUCUGAAAGAUCUGGAGAAGAAGUACAACAAAGUGCAACCACAUCUCAGUGAAAUAGGAGCCUGCUUUCUCUUGCAGGGAGAGGGCUUCUCCAUCUACUCGGACUACUGUAACACUCACCCAGCAGCCUCUGCUGAGCUGCAGCGUCUCAUGAAGUCAGGAAAAUACAAACAUUUCUUUGAGGCCUGCAGGCUUCUCCAGCAGAUGAUUGACAUUUCCAUCGCUGGUUUCUUGCUCACACCCGUCCAAAAGAUCUGUAAAUACCCUCUACAGCUGGGAGAACUGCUGAAGUACACCCCCAAAGACCACAGUGACUACAGUGGAGUGAGUGAAGCAUAUGAGGCAAUGAAGAAUGUGGCGAGUUUGAUCAACGAGAGGAAGAGACGACUUGAGAGCAUCGACACAAUCGCACACUGGCAGGUGGCCAUUCUACGCUGGGAGGGAUCCAAUGUGUUGGAGCGCAGCUCAGAUCUGAUCCACUCGGGUGAGCUGACCCGAGUUGUCAGACAAGGAAAAAUGCAACAGCGCAGCUUCUUCUUGUUUGACCACCAGUUGGUCUUCUGUAAGAAAGACGUCCUGCGCAGAGACCUGCUCCACUACCGUGGACGGCUGGAUAUGGACCAGACCGAGGUGGUGGAUAUGCCUGAUGGGCGGGACCCAGACCUGGGCCUGUCCCUGAGAAACGCUAUGCGGCUACGCAACGCAUCCACUCUGGAGUUUGUGUGUGUGCUGUGCUGCAGGAAGCCUGAUGACAAGCAGAGGUGGUUGGAGGCAUUUGCAAAGGAGAGACACAGAGUCAAGGAAGACCAAGAAAUGGGCAUGGAGAUCAGCGAGGAGCAAAGAAAACAGGCCAUUGUUAAUGCGAGAAGAGCCAAACAGGGGAAGAACAAAACCAUUGGUUACUCUACUUCUGUUCCACCACAUCACCAAAACCUCCACCCACUUCACCAGCGUCACAUCACCAUUCCAACCAGCGUGCCUCAGCAGCAGGUCUUUUCACUGGCGGAGCCCCCAAAACGAAAGCCUUAUCACCUGUUGUACAGCAUCACACGCAACGCCUUUUUCAGAAAAUGAGGCUGUGCUCCCUCAUCUUCUUUUCUUUCCUCGUGCAUGUUCAGAGCACCCCCAAACAGUCCUGAAGACUCAAAGAACACUUUGUUUUUCACGUGUAUUUCCCCGCCUGUGAAUGUUUUGUUUCUCGUGUCUUUUCUUGUGUGUCUGUUUUUGUUGUAUUUUGAAGUAUAGUGCCUUCACUUUCAAAGAGGCAUGACUGAAGUGUUAAUGUACUGACUGUCCCUUUUGUUGGUGUGUUAAAGAUGCUGCUCACCCAAGAGACUCACACCCUCUUUUUUUUUUCCCAGCUGAAAAGUUAUUUUUAUGUUAAUUAUGACAAAGAUGUAUAUUCCGCUUUUACAUCGACGAACAUGGUUUUAGUUAUUUGUCAAAGGCUGGACCCUUUUUGCUGCGAGUCUGUCAACUCUGAGCACAAAAUGGUUAGAGGACAAAUUAACUGACACUCACCUUCCCUGUUAACCCUGUAAAUAAACUCUUGUACAAACAAACAGAACCAAAA